AUUGGAGCAUUAGCUUCCGUUAGUACUUCUAUAGCAUCUAUCGUUAACCAUGGCACUCCGAGCAGCUGUAUUGAAUGCGGAUACUAUGAUUAUGGAUACUUCUAUGUGAAUUUAAUUUUUCAUGCCAUAAUUUUUCUAGUAACUGCUUUUGGUAUUAUUGUCGUUUGCUGUGCGGAAAGUCCUGCUCUUUUAAGAUCAAAAUUUUAUGAUUAUUGUAAUGAGCAUGCUAAAACACAAAAUGAUAUAAUGGCUUGCGAUGAUGCAUACCGUAGUUUUACAAUAGGAUCGAUC